GCUAUUGCCAUUCGGCAUGUUCAUUAUGUUUUUUGUUACGAAUUUACCGUAGUUUUAUGCAGUAUGGUCCUUUCUAUGACCAAAGAAAUAUUGAAUUUCUGCUGAUAACUGAAAAACCCCUGCACAGGAUGAUAGCUAAGGCUUCGCGCUAUCAUGUAAGUGCGGCAAAGUUGUGAUCUAAGCGUGUAUUGAGAAGUAAUAGCGGCUUGAACAGAGUGGUAUUUUCAGGAGCAAUCUCGCGAAGUGAGCGAAACAUUGUGGAUAAUUUCCUUUAUUUUGCCUGCCCGAUGUGGGUAGAUGAGUGAAUGUGUAUGGACAUCGGGUAACUGGAAGCGAUAAGUACUUACUAUAGAUAGCGUUUAUAGGAUUAGCACGGCUACAAAUCAACGGAAAGAUGGCAAAAUACUUGAACAAAGACCUACACUCAUAUCAGAAAGAAGUAAAGAGUUUCUUGGCCAACUUGGCAGAAUUUCACGAAAGAAGAAGGACACCUUACAAGCGAAUACCAUGGAUAGGAGGUCGCGAAGUGGACCUAUGCCUGCUCUACACAAAAGUGACUGAAAUGGGCGGCUGGCUGAAGGUGAAUGAAGCAGAGAAAUGGGAUGAGAUACAGGAGUAUUUUAACCUGCCAAAAGGCACUGUGAAUGCUGGAGAGGCUUUAAAACAGAUUUAUAUCAGAUACCUAGAUGCAUAUGAAAAAGUAUAUUUCUUGGGGGAAGACCCCGACAAACCGGAGGAAGAAGAUGAAGGCCAUCGGCAUGCCAAGAAACGAACCAAUACCCCCAUUACCAAGGUGGCCAUGAGAUACAACUACUCCCAGCAUGACCUUCCAGAAUAUAUCCGAGAAAACCAUGGGAUGUCUGACAAGUUUGCCCCACUGGCUCCAUAUGGUGCUCUGGAGAUGUCCCUGCUCUCUGGUUUGCCUAAUGAGGUUGAUUUUGCCAUCAAUGUCUGUACGUUGUUAUCUAAUGAGGGCAAACAUGCACUCAGGGUUGAGGAGGCACCUAAAUUGAUAGACUUACUUAUGGCACAUAUAGGCAUUUUUCAUGAAGGUCCUGGAGCACUAACUAGUCUAUAUGACCAUGCAUGGAGGCCAGUCACCAAGAGGAACUUUGUGAGGUUCUGGUAUGAUAGUGUAGAGGACACAGACCUUCAUGAUCUCAUUGGCUGCGAGGAUAUGGUCAAACAUUGCGAUACAAGACAGCUAUGUGGCAGUGAUGUUCUGAACCUUGGUACAGAGCUAGGAAUCAGGAAUAUGGAGGGUCAACGUGUACUGCAGCUAGCCAAUAUAUUCCGUAAUCUCUCAUUUGAAGAAGACAAUGUACAACCAUUAGCUGGCAAUAUACUUAUAUUCAGGUUCCUUAUGCUACUAGCUCAUUGUAAAUUCUCUGAACUGAAGCAGCUUGGUCUGGAUACAUUGGGGAACCUCUCCCUGCAGUUGGUGCUAGAUCCCAUAGAUGUGAGAAACACACAGCUAUUAAUGGAGACCCUGUGCAAAUGUAUAGCAUCUCCUGAUAAAUUUGAAGUAGUUCGAGGAAUGGAGAUCCUAUCAAAGCUUUGCCAAGUUGAUCCAAAUGAAGACAUCAUCACUGGAAGUCUUGAGAGUAAAACCUACAAUGACAUUGUGUCGUAUCUGACUGUACAAGAUAUCCAACUUAUAGUCUACACAUUAGAGGUGUUAUAUCAACUCUCUGAAUUGGGGGAGGUAACCAGCACAGCCAUAGCUGCAGCACAUAUGUGUGUUGAAAUGCUGAUUGGCUUGGUGACAAUUGAGGCCCAAUCAUAUGGUCCAAACUCUCUCAUAGGAAUCAAAGUAGUCGAGCAUGGUUCAGUGCUGGGUCUACCAGCUCCUAACCAGCAGCCCGUUGGUUCAACGCAGCCUGUGGGGUCUGCAAAUUUGAAACCAGGGGCUAUCCCAACUCCCCCUCCACAACAAAACCCUGUAACAGUACAACAGCAGCAGUUUCCUAGACCCCAACCAGUACAACAAGCCCCACAGCAACAACAAUAUACCAUUCAACAAAAACCAGUACAACAACAACAAAUUAUGAACCAGCAGCAACCUCCUGCUUUACAACAGCAACAGCAACAAAAUCAACCUAUGAUUGACAAGGGUGCAUUUGCGUGUAAUUGGUUGAAUGCAUAUUGGGAAAGCAGGUCUGAUUCAAGUGUCUCUAAAGUGGAUUUAUAUUCUGAGUACUUGGCUGCUUGUAGUAAAUUCCUUGGACGUGACCACAUGCUCAGCUCUCAAGCAUUUCAUGCCAUUGUCAAAAAUGUAUUCAAGAACACAGAUUUUAUCACAGUGAAGAAAGGUGGCACUAUGGAGGUUCACUUUAAGAAUAUAUGCAAAAGAGUUAAACCGUUGCCAUUUCACCCUGUUGUGAUGAAACCUGUAGGUGUUCAAAAGCCAAUCCAGUACCCAGGGGCCCAGGUUGGUGUCCCCAGGCAGACCUCUACACCCCCUCACCCUGUACCUAUUAAGCCCAUGCCACCACAGCGCAAACUCCCUCUCCUGCUGCCUAAACCGCCCGCAGUGGGACCACUUCUGCAGCAGCAUCUUCUCGCCCCUAACAACCCACCAGGGACUGCUGCGUCUAAUACCAUGCCUGGCCCAGGGUUGGCUACUGUCAACGCAUCAGGGUCUGGGGUGCUGACGUCACAUGGUGGAGCUGCCUUACAGUCCCAGGUGAACUCUACCCUUGUGUCUACAAGUACCCAGGGUGCCCAACAAACAAUCACGCUCAUCCGUCCUAACAUGCCAGGAUCUCCUGUGUUGAACAUACAACAGACUGCCAUAAAACAUGAUUCUAAUCUCAUCAAAAAUUUACUUGCUAAGAAAGUGCGAAUGCGGGGAGCAACUUCUCCGAGUCCAUCACAAAAUAGCAGUGAGCCCACACCACCUAGUACUCCUACCUUACAGUACCCGGCCACCCCACCUCAUACCCCUACAUCUACCACCAUGCCAGCAUCCCCAGUAGCCCCUAAGCAGUUUGACCCUAAUGGACCACAGUGUACCCCUGUCAGGAGAUCUCUCCCUGUCAUGCAGUCCACUCCAGUUAAACACCCAGCAACUGCACCACAACAACCACUUGGUUCUCCUAUAAGGGGAUCCCCAGCAAGGUCAAGGUCACCUAAGGGAUCCCCAAGGCCAGUGACCACCACUACUACAACAGUUGGAGGCUUUAACCUUGAGGUUUGCACUGGCGCACAAAGGGCCCAUGAUAUUGUACAGGACGAUGAAGUCGCCAAGGAGGCUGUUAUUGAAAAAGUGGAAAAUACUUCAAUUAAUCGCUUGAAGAACAAACCCCUUGUUAUCAAUACCAAUAUUAUUACCACUACCAAAGAUAGAGUAGGUUGUGAUGAAAACCACACAGGUGCUACUAUACCCACUGAACAAGCUAUACAGCAGACUCAACCUCCAGAACAAUCUAAUCAAAAUGUGAAUGCCAUCGUUAAUGUACCAGAACAAUGUCAAAAUGCUCCAGUACAAAUUGACACCCCGUGUAGUAAUAGUGGAGAAAAAAUUGUUGAACAAUGUGUAAACCAACCAGACCAAGGAAAGGUCAAUGAGCAAUGUACAAAAAAUCCACCGAUCACUGUUGUGACAGAAAAUUCAAAAACUCUGCCAGUUAAUGGACUUAACAGUGAAUCUCAAUCAGAAUCUCCAAUGGAUAACAAUUUAAAAGCUACAGAAUCUUUGUUUUCAGAACCUAAAUCUUCCAGUGCUUUAUCUCAGGGAACAGACAUUAGCCAAUCUGGAAUUAGCCAGCCAUCGUCUGGAAUUAGCCAGGCAUCAUCUCAUACCACUGACUCAAAAAGUGAGAAAUUAGACUCUAGUGAACAAAAAAAUGACUCUGGCAAAUUAAACCAUCAGGAUUUAACUACAAGUGGAGAAACUCUGGAUUCAAAUGGCCAGAGUUCACCAAAGUCACAGAAAAUGGCAGUUGAAUCAUCAAAAUCUGACAGUGUGGGACCAUGCAAUAGUGUUGGUAAAUGUGAUAAUAAUGGGACUAAAAAACUGAAUGGAAUUCCUGAGAAGCAUCCUCCAGUGAAUGGAGAUGUAACAAGUAUGAAUGUCUCGGAAAAAUUAAUAAACGGACCAUUGGAUCCUAGCCAUAUUCUCCCAAAAGAUAAGACUCAGCUCGUAGGCGAGAAACUUGAGAAAAUAAAUCAACUGUUUGAAGAGAGCAAAUCACUAAAUGGAGUGGUACAUCACAUGAAUAAUGGAACAUUAAGUGAGAAAGAAAUCACGAAGCUGAAGAAAGAGGAAAUGGUGAAAUUAAUGAAAAAGGGAGAAGAAAUGAAUGGUGAUUUAGCAAUUGGUUUAUGUAAGGAUAUAAAUGUAGCUAAGAAAGUGUUAGAAAAUGGAUAUUCAUCGAGUGGUGCUGAUAGUGAAUUAGACGUCCCUAUUCAUAAUACUAAAAAAUGUGCUCAUAACAACUCUAAUCCCAAGUCCAAAAAUGGACCAAAGCAUUCCAUUCAGGUGUACACUGCUAGUGUGACUAAAGACAAUGGUGAGACAGAUAAAGAUAAGGAAAAAGCUAUGCUAAAUGAUAGCAUGCGUAGUAACAGUGAAGAGGAAACUGA